AGUUGCCAAACCUGUUCAAAAAAAAACCGUCACUUACUUCACGAUGUUAUUUUGUUUAUAGAAAUUUUUAUAGGCAUUUGACAGUAAAAAAUAAUCAAAAUGUUACUUAUUUUGAAAGCAGAACACAAACGACAUUUAUUAUUUUUGACUCAGCAAAACGUAAAAGUAUUACAGGACUUUUGUAAAUUAGCUUUGGAUUAUUUACAAAAUGGAUUAAACUUAAAAUAUUACAAUUCCGCUGCUCAAAAAUUAUCUGUUGAUCCAGAGAUUAUUAAAAAUUCAGUACAUGGACUUGUUCAUUUUCUUCUUGAAAGUUGUAGAUACAAGCUAAACGUGAACGACUUCCAAGACUCAGUUAUUGCCGUGGGCUUUACAGAAGAGCAAGAAGCAUUAUUAAGUAAGUUAUAUGCACUUAAGAAGGCCGAUAUAGCAAAAGCUCUGGCUGUUAUCAAUUUUAAAUCUCCUCAGUAUCAAGACAUGGAGUGGAGAUUUGAAGCACAGAUUGCUUCACGAUCGUCAUUAAAUCAGGCCUUGCCAUUAGUAACUUGUGAUUUAUUUCUUAAAAGUUCUGAAAGUUCCAAAGAAAUUGAACACGUAUUUAUUCAAUUAGAUCCUUUAAAUUUAGUUCACUUGGUGCACGAAUUAGAAGAUGCUAUGCAAGAAGGACACAGUCAACAUAUUAAGUCUAUCACUCGAAGUAUAAAAUAAGUCUAAUUUAAAAAUAUUAAAUUUCUAAUAUAAAAAGAAAAUUUUAACUUUAAUUUAUAUAAAAAGGAAAAAAUUUUUUACCUUUUAUAAACUUUUAAAUAGAUUUUUAUAAUAAAUAAAAUUUUUAAAAAUCAUUUUGAACCCAACCAAAAAUGAAUUGUACGGAUAUUAAGUCAUUAUUACGAAAUAUCAGAUUUUUAUAAAAAUAGGCCACAACGACUAUAGAUGAAAUAAAAUGGAAUGACCCUAUGAUUUUUGCGCUUUCUGUAAAAACAUAAAAUUUGACGCUUGACACCUUUUUUUGUCAUGCUACCUUUUAAUUAAUAAUCUGAGAUUGUAAAGGUGUAAGUUUUAAAUUGUUAAAAUUUUGUAACAUGCUUGAAAACUUUUGCUUUAUUAUAUAUAAUGAAUCAAAUUUAACAAUUAUGAAUAAAGUACAUUUUUUAAAAUUAAAAUUAA